GAUCGCGCUUCACUGUAUAGUGUGUUUGGCUGGCAAAUGCCUCCGGUAUAACAGGCCGAUCAUUAUGGGGGACCGGGACCCCGCAACGCGAUGGACUCUGACCGACCAGCCGCUGCGGAGAGCUCGUCAAGGCGGUUAACACGGAGAUAAACAAAUAAUAAUAAUAACGUGUUGUGUCUCUAAUAAUACACAGCCAGCCAGGGAGCUGCAGAGGAGGCGCUGUUCGCUGGGAUUCAAUCAGAGCUAGAGCCGCGGCUGGUAGGUUAACCUCGAGCAGGGAGACGUGAGGAAACUGGAAAGACAGCUGUUUGUACUCCAGGUGGAUCCUGGUUGGAAUUGAGAGGAGCCGCAUCGAUGGAUGGAUCGCUGAUUACAAGCCGGUCUGGUCAGCCCAACCCAGUCUCAGGGUGGGUUCAGCCGGUGUAAAAUCCCUCGGCUUUCAUCUGUUGGCUUUUUCUCCGCCGGGCGGCGAUGUCCGCUUUCUGCCUCGACCUGCAGACGUCCGCCGUGGUUUCAGCACCACUGGAGCUGGACAGCGACUGCAUGGAGCCCCGGCCCGCCGCCGCCGUGCAGGAGCCGGGGGGGAUCCAGGGUCACUCGCUGCUGCACGCCGGCACCGGAGGCCUCGGCAUGGCCCUGGAGGAGGAACUAGCCAUGCUGACCGGGGAGCGGGGCGACGAGGAGGAGUUGUCGGACCUAGAGGCGCCUGCGGUGGGGCCAAACGCAGACUUGCUGUCGCUCUUCCGUCAAAAGGAAAAAGACUUGGUUUUAGCUGCUAAACUCGGCAAAGCGCUGCUGGAGAGAAACCAAGACUUGACCAAGCAAUAUGAGAAAAUGAACAAAGAUCUCAACGAGAAGUUAGAGCACUUGGAGCAGGAGAAGCAUGAGCUGCGUCGGCGUCUGGAAAGCAGGGAGGGGGAGUGGGAGGGUCGCGUGGCCGAGCUGGAGACAGAUGUCCAGCAGCUGCAGGGCGAGCUGGAGCGUCACCAGGUCCAGCUGAGAGAGGCUGACAGGGACAAGACCAAGGCCAUCAGCGAGCUCUCUGAACAGAACCAUAGGCUGCUGGAGCAACUCAGUAGAGCUGCGGAGGUGGAGAGGCAGCUGUCCACUCAGGUCCAUUCAUUACGGGACGACUUCAGGGAGAAGAGUGUUUCUACACGCCAGCACAUGACACGACUAGAGAGUCUACAGGCUGAGAUUAAGAUGUUGUCGGAGAGGAAGAUGGAGCUGGAGCGUCGGGUUCAUGCCAUGUUAGUAGAGAACGAGCUGCUGCAGAACACAGUGGACGACCUGAGGGAGCGGACGCUGGUGCUGGAGAAGCAGUGCCAUGAGAAGGACCUGCAGCUGCGGCAGAGCCAGCUGGAGCUUCAGGAGGUUCAGGUGUCCCACAGGCAGCUGAGUGCCCGCCUGGAGGAGCUGUCGGAAGAGCACAGCCUGCAGGGCCUCACCCCCCACCCCUCCAGCCUGCUGUGUGAGAUAGAGCAGAGCAUGGAGCAGGAGGAGCAGGAGCAGGAGAGGGAGCAGCUGCGUCUCCAGCUGUGGGAGGCCUACUGUGAGGUUCGAUCGCUCUGCUCUCAUCUGCGGGGAAAUGACGUCACAGAUUCGGCGCUUUCCACCGACUCUUCCAUGGACGAGUCCUCGGAGACGUCCUCAGCCAAGGAUGUGCCUACUGGAAGCCUCCACACCAGCCUGCUGGAGCUGCGGAGGCUAACACAGAACCUGCUGGAUUGCAACGAGUCCACGGGUUCCCGGCGUAGUGAUGAGGAGGCUCUGGAGGAGCAGGUGAGAAAGCUGGGAGAGGAGCUGAGGGAAGUCAGAGAGCUCUACGAGACCGAGCAGGACAAAACACGCAGCAAUGAACAGGAGAUGCUACAACUACACAAUCAGAUGGCGCUGCUCUCUGUAGAGAUGUGCUCUGCCCGGGAGGAGAAUGAGAGGAUGAGGGCGAUGACUGAAGUCCGAGAGCCCAGCGAGCAGCUCCAGAGUGCGAUACGAGACAGAGACGACGCCAUAGCCAAGAAGAAAGCAGUGGAAAUGGAGCUGGCAAAGUGUAAGAUAGACAUCAUGUCUCUGAACAGCCAGCUCCUGGACGCCAUCCAGCAGAAGCUCAACCUCUCACAGCAGCUGGAGGCCUGGCAGGAUGAUAUGCACAGAGUGAUUGACCAGCAGCUGAUGGACAAGCACCAGGAUGAGUGGCGCUCUGCCCCAUACUCCCUGUCAGGUUCAUCGGGGGCCCACGGUCAGUCGUCCAGACGUGCCCACCGCAUCUCUGACCGGGACAAGAGGCUCUUCUCUUUCUUCAAAAAGAACUGAGCCCCAGUGGACUGGCUGUGAACACACCAGACAGACAGAGACAGACGAGGCGAGGGAGAGGGAGACAGUGCAAACACAGUACAGGGGUAACAACACAGCCAAAGAUGGGCAGAGGCACAUGCUUACAGACAGGAGGGGCUACUGAGGUUUGGGGGGUUCAUUUUGCACUUUAUCUGUCCCAUCGCUCCUCUCCCUACAGAUAUUGGUGAAUAACAACAAAGAGUGUUAGAAGUAUAAGAGAAUGUCAUCCCCAGAGGUUUUGGCUUCAGUCCCUCUCAUUGAAAUCUAUUGGGCUCGCAUGAACAGGGUCACAAAGUUUACCUCUAAAGAGGAAGGUUCCCUUGUAGUGCCUACUACCAUCUCUACUACCCCACUGCCAACUCCAUAGAGAGGGAACACUGUGUGCAAACUGUGUACUGUAUGCAUCACACUUAUCAGGCCAAGGAGUCUGGGGAUAGACUGGUGGCUGUAUUAGACUCAGCGGGUUCAUGGGAAAAGCUAAAGAUAGCGGGUCAGGUUCUCUAAGUCAGAAUACUGUGGAGCAGAGCAGAAUAAUGACCAUUCUCUGGGUAGGGAGCAGUGCUGCUACAGCUAACCCACAUCUGAUCUCUCAGGUUUAUUCAUUUGUUCAGGGAAUGCUCACCAUGAGGCCUCGGUCCCAGUCAGCUGAGCUGGAUUUAUCAGCACCAUACCAUAGCACUGACUGGCAAAUGUAUUUUCCACUGAUUAUCACUCUUGCACACAUAUCAGUGUUGCUGGACAAAGAGUGAAGAGGAUCAGGAAUGAAUUCAUGAAUGCAUUUUUUCACUCACAUUCAUGCAUUUUUUUAUUCAACACUGGAGGUUUAACAAGUUUUAAUGGCCCAAGGGUCUUUGCACUCACUCAGUACAUAAACCAAACUUUUAGUUACAGGGGGGGGUAGAGAACAUAAACAUUUCACUUGUGAGUUUUUCUCAACAGUAGUGACACUAGUGUUAAAAGUGAGUCAGCACUAAAUCGCAUCAGGUAGAAAACUGCUGCUGCACUGCCCUCUAGGGGGCAUGUUGCACUUCAGGACACAACCACUCAGUGAUGUCACAACUGGCAUUUUUCAUGACUGCAUGACGUCAAUGCUUCUGAUUUGGCUGCCAGCCCCCAGUGUACUAAAAAGAAGAAGAAGUACCUGCUGUGACAUCACUGAGUGGGCGUGGCCAGGAGUGCCUGAGUGUGUCAACCCUGCAGAGAGCAGUGCAGCAGAUGUUGUCUGCUACUGCUGACUCACUCUUUAAUGUGCAGGACUCAUUCAGCAUUUACUGUUACACUGAAUGAAGCUUGAGCAGGUGAAAGGGACCAUUUAAUUGAGUGAAUGUAUUUAAAAAAACAGCCUCUUUGACUUUUCGUUGCGUCUAUCUCAGGUCUGUGGUGAAUUGUAACUGGGCUUCAUGUUGAUCUCUGACAUCUGAAUAAACCUCUGGGUGGCUGAGGUUAGUGGUAGUGUCUGUCCAGGUUGGUGUGUUUUUCUACAGUUCAUGUCAUAAUCAACAUUUAACACAAAAUGUUUUGGAGCGAGAGGCACCGUCCAACAUUGUCCUCAUGAUGUCAAUCAUCUUCCUAGCUGACCAAAUUGUGAAAAAUUGUUUACAUCAGCUUGAGCAGGAGGAGGAGGAGAUGAAAUGCUCACCAAUUCUCCAGGGCACACGGGCAAAUCAAAAGUCCUUCACAUUAUCCUACAAUCAGUCCUAUAACAGUAACCUGUUGAGUUUCAGCUCCUUAAAAGGGAGUUGAUGUACAGUGAUUCAGUUUUUUCUCCAGUGAUCAACAAUUGAGCUGCAUUAGUUAACGGCAAACUCUAAUAGAAAAGGUCUACCUCCAUUCUCAUUGCUUUGAAUCUUCAUGGGCACUUUGAUUUCCUAGCUGCCGGGCUUCCGUUUAGGCUAGACAUAUCUGUGACUCCAUCGGUAAACCAGUGUGUGUUGACUUGAACUCUCUUGAGCGUGAAUGAUGUGGUGUGGCACAGCAGUGCCUGAUUUCUGUCUGUGUCUGAACUCAUGUCUAAAGCACCUGUGCAAACCUAUGCAGAUGUCUUCUUGUCAUCUCAGCUGGUUGUCGGGAAGGAUCAACCCAAAGAAUGAUUUUUAUAAAGAGUUGAAUAGGUUUGGAUGAAAUCGAUAUAUUUAUAAAAAAUGCAUACCUUUUGAAUGAAAAUCUACUGUUUUUUUUAGGAAAGAAAUAUGUACAUUUGUUGUUUGUAGAUUCAUUUUUCCCCUCCAUGUGUGUCAUAACUGUGCAGGAGCGCUGUUGGCGAGUUAUAAUGGAUGUUAUGACUCCUCACCGAUGUUUAUUUGUCUGUUCAGGUGUGGCAUGCAGUAGAGCCGGCUUGAGAUUCAUAAGCUUUUCUGGCUUUCAUCGAAAUUAUUCUCUAUUACGCUGGGUAAUUUAGCAGAAAGUCCACCGGAGCGCUCAUGAAUCUCAGUUCUGCCUCGAGACAGUCUAAUCCAAGAGUGUGCACUAAACAGGCUUGGAAUUCAUCACCCGAUCCAGUCCUGUGACAGCCCCUCCAUAGCUGCAGCCGCUCAUGUCUGGGAGGUGUUGGGAAGUAUUUCUGCAGUGUGUUCAGAAACACAAAUUUGCAGGGGAAAGAAAGCAGGAAACAGUUAUACCUCAACAAGAACUAAUUGGAGGGUGUGUAGAAAUGCUGAUAAAAAGUGAAACCUGACAUCCCUGUGUUUGUAGCAUGGGACUAAGUGGUUCCACCUAAACGGACGGGUGAGGAGAAACUACUAUUGCCUGCAACAUGGUUGGAUUAAAUGAGUCCAACUGCUCUUGCCAUAACCAGAUUGUAAUUUGUCGAUACUCAUGCCACGUCUUUAUGUUGGAGAAACACACUGGCAAUCAUUUUGUUCCGUCCACACACUGUAUGUUUGAAUUACUUUGUGUCAUGUCACUAUUAUUAUGUGCUGUUCAACAUGUCGCCCCAGUGUAACACUGUAGACUGUACUGAUCCAUCUUCCAUUUGAAAACAUUUCUUAAAACCGUCUCCUGUGUCUUCUUGUGGCGAACAUCCGGCCGAGUGUGUGGCAGUGACACACAGACGCGCCAUUGAGUGUGUUCUGUGCUGCUCGUCUCUACUGCUCGAAUCAUGUUGUUUGGAAUUUAGUGCUUCUGGUGGGUUCAUUGUGCUCUGGAUGAGUGCUUCCAUUCACCGCUGACUAAAAGCACUGUUUUAGUUACAGAAUACCUAAAGAAGCUAUUCAAAAUAUUUAUCAUGCAAUUUUCUGAGCAAUUUGGGGAAUUUUUGUACAAUAAAUUCUUCACAAUCUAUUUGUCUCCCCUGACUUGGCCCAGAUAUCGAGACACUUUUCUUCCUGUCGUCCUCACAAUCAGAAAUGUCGGAAACACUGCAGACUUAUCCUGAUGCUGAAAUGUGAAUCUUCUGCAAAGAAUAAAAUAAUGGCAGGGAAUAGGGGCACAGCCGACGUUUUUUUCUGCAAAAUGAGUGCAUUUACAGUGUAUAAUGUCACCAUCUGCGUUAGCAUCCACAAGCAAAUUAAAUGAACAUCAGUGAGAAGCUCAGACAAAUGAAGUCACAGCAUGGGUUUGGGGCGAUUAGAUAAUUCUAGGUCACCCCCCUCACCCCGUCCCUAUACACACCUGCCUCGGCCAUCUGAGUCUAAUGCGCGCUGCAGAUGGCUCACUGUGACGCUGAUCAAUCUGGACAAGUUUUGACCCCGACACUUGAAGAAAAAUCCCUGGCUCCUAAGUGAAUUGUGUAUCGCAGCAAUCAAGUUUAUUUAAAAUGAUCGGUUCUCUGUGUGUCCGUGUUAUUCUCCCAUUCUCAAUAUGCAUCCUUACUCUAAGUAAUAAUUGUACAUGACAUGGCAAGGUGGAGUUUUCUAUGCCUAAGAUGAUUUCAUAAAGGUGAAUAUUUCUGUAAUAACUUAGGAGUGGUUUUAUAUUCUUAGCAAAUUAUUUUUCAUUAUGGGGAAAAUCAGUACUGAGAUUGUUUAUAUCCAUUUCCAGGGGAAUGGCUGCAAUGAAUGGCAAUGAAUGUAGUGGUUCCUCCACCCAGGAGUGUGUAUGUGUGUGAAGUCCGUUUCUCCUGCCCUGUUUGCGUCAAAAAAACCCAACAUUUAUUGUUAUCUGAAAUGUGUGGAGAGCUUUUAGGUCAGGGGGUUUAGAUUUUGCUUCCUGACACUUAACUGAUGAUAGUGAGGGAUGACUGUGUGAAAAAUAAAAAGAGAAACAGAUUGUGA